AUGUAUAAUGAAACUGGAACAUCACCAACAAGCUUCGAGUUUUUGACCUUGGAGGAAGUCGGUGUGGUUCUUAGAAAAGCUGUUAUAGAAUGUUCUGAAAGAGGGUUAUAUUUUGCUGCAAAAUGGGCAGCUGAAACAUUAGAUGGACUUUCAGCUUCUUCAAAAGGAUCAUUAGAAUCUGCAAAAAUGGACAUGUCAUAUUGUUCAUUUUUUACUCAACAAGAUCUAUCAACAAAUCUUGAUUAUAUAGAACAUGACAAAUAUCUUCUCGGUAAAUCUUAUUUUGACGUUAAAGAAUUUGAUAGGGCUGCUUUUGUGUUGGAAAGAUGCAAGUCUUCAAAAUGUAGAUUUUUAAAGGGUUAUUCUAAAUAUAUGGCUGGUGAAAAAAGAAAAGAGGAAGAAAGUCAAGAUAUUAUGGGCCCAUUAGAUGAUUCAAAAUGUUUGAACAAAGAAAUACAAAGUUUAUGGGAGGAAAUGGAGACAUGGCGUGAGGAGGGUGAAAUGGACGGUUUUCUCAUUUAUUUAUAUGGUCUCAUUCUCAAACAGAAAAAUCCACAAGCAAAGAAUAUUAAAGAUAUCUUCUUAGAAUCUGUACUCAAGUAUCAUUACAAUUGGAGUGCUUGGUUAGAGUUGGCUAACUGCGUAACAAAUAAAGAUAUGAUGGAAGAUAUACUGGCUUUGCUUCCAGAUACUUUUAUGUUAAGAUUUUUCAGAAUUUAUUUGUCUGCAGAAUUAUUGGACUCAACCAAAUGUCUUGAAUUGAUUAGUGAAGUUCAACAUAAAUUUGUUGAAAAUAAAUUUUUACAAACUCAAACUGCCAUUACAUAUUACAAUAAUAGGGAUUAUUUGGCAGCAGAAUCUGUAUUCGAAGAUAUAAUUAAAUCAGAUCCAUAUAGAUUAGAUGACAUUGAUCUUUAUUCGAAUAUUUUGUAUGUGUUAGAUGGAAAGAGUGCAAAGUUGAGUUUCCUUGCACACAUGAGUUGUCACACUGAUAAAUUUCGUUCUGAAACUAUGUGCAUCGUAGGAAAUUACUAUAGCUCGAAAGGUGAACAUGAAAAGGCAAUAUCUUAUUUUCGACGAGCAUUACAAGUUAAUAGGAAUUGUUUGGCUGCUUGGACAUUGAUGGGUCAUGAAUAUGUUGAACUGAAAAAUACUCAUGCGGCUGUCGUAUCAUAUAAACGAGCCGUGGAGAUAAAUCCCAAAGAUUAUCGAGCGUGGUGUGGUCUUGGACAAACUUAUGAAAUGUUGAAAAUGCCUUAUUAUGCGAUAUAUUAUUAUCAAAGGUCUUCAGCUUUAAGACCGUAUGAUGCUAGGAUGUGGUUACGCUUGGGAGCUCUGUACGAGCAACUUUCAGUUCCAAAUGAAUCAAUAAAAGCUUAUAAUAGAGCGCUUCAGUGUGCUGAUAUCGAUACUAAUUCGAAAGAGCAAGCUGCAUUAAAGCUUGAAUCUUUGUAUGGAAGUUCUGAUAAAGACAAGGUUACAGAGCAUUAUAGUGAAUAA